GGAAGGAUACAUCUCAACUUGAUAAUUUCCACCAAAACAAACUUAAAAAGUUUGUUUAUGAGUUUACGAAAUUGUCGAUCUAUGGAUUAAAAAAUUUAUUCUCUGCAAAAUGUAUUUCUUUUUAUAAAAAUUUUUGGCAUAAAUGUAAUCUGUAUCUUCAUGCUUUUAAAAUGUAUUGAUGGGAUUACAUUAUUUUUGGAAAAUGAUUUUCGAAAUAUGUGAUUGGUGUAAAAGAUGCAAGAGAACACUUGAUAACUACAUGUCAUUAAGGAAGACUUUUCUUCUCAUAAUUGUAGUGUUCGGAUUUUUGUUCUACGUAGGGCCAUCUAUGUUUCGUUGGAUCAGAAAAAAGACCCCUAUAAUGAUAGAUCCUAGCAUAGGCUGUGUUGCAACUAAUAUGAGCUGGCUUUUAAGAGAGUCUUAUAGUUAUGAUGCUGGCGUUUAUCGAUCCUGGGAGCCUGAUGAACCAUAUUUUCUUCCUUAUGUUGGUAAUGGUAGAAUUGGUGUGCCUCUUGAUGGAAAUGAACAGUUAUAUGUGCAUUACAAAAGGUCUUUAUCACUUCCAAUAAAUUAUCAUCCUGUUGUUCAGGUUGAUAUUCCUGGCGCAAGUAAUCAAGAGGGUUCUGCUGUUCACUAUACUUCUGGGAUUGCUUAUAAAUUCCAGUGUUUUAAUAUGAGAAGAAAACCUGUAAGUGUUGUCCAUCAAUUCUAUGCCUAUAGGAUUUCUCCUUCUUUAUUUAUGCAACAAAUAGAAAUUGCAAAUCCAUUGAAUGAAGAUUUAACUCUAAUAUUGCGACAAGAGUCAACUACGAGCAAUGAGAAUACUCCUUUAGUUAUAACAUUACCUAAUGGAAAUAAAUUCGAAUACAAAGUGUUUUCUGAAGAAGUAAAAGUUCCUGGUUCAUCUGAUAGUAUUAUGAUAUCAAUUGCUGCAACGAAAGUGCCAAGUGCUAUCACUCUUUCUCCAAAAAGUUCAAAAAAAUUAGUAAUAAGGACUUCAAUACAUUAUUCAGAACCAACAUCUGUUUCAAUACCUGAAUCUGUCAAACAGAAAUUGGAAUCGCAAUCACAAAUGGAUCUUAGAAAUGCUUUGGAUGCUGAUCCGUGGUAUUUAAGGAAAAAACACGUAGAAGCAUGGAAAAAGAUAUGGCAUAGUGGAUUUACUAUCAGUAUAUCUAGAGCUCAAGGUGCUUUAAAUGGUGACCGGAUAAACGCUUCUCUGUAUUAUGUUUUGUCGAAUUCUAGAGAUUAUCUAUCUGAAACAGACAUAACUCCCCAACAACGCUUCAGUUUUCAAAGAAGUUUAUACCUUCCAGAUAAAUGUUAUAGUGGACAUCAUACAUUACAAGCCUCUACCCUGUGGUCAGAUUUAAGAACAGUUGCAGAUGUCAACAGAAUCGUAGCCUUAUGGUUUCUAACACUUGCUAAACAAGGAUGUUAUCGUCUUCUACGAGCUGGCACAGAAGGUGUUAUGCAGGCUAUGAUACUCAGCUUUGGAGGUUUCAAAUUCAGCGAUCACCACUUGGAAUUUGAUACUGAACCUAAAGACUUACACAGAGAUUUGCAUUUCAGACGUAUCAUCUAUGGCAAUGCAACUCAUGUAAAUGUUAGCGUUACUGUUCAAGAAGAUAACAAAGCUCUCAUAUAUACUGCAUUAGAUCGAAGUGAUAAAGAAUACUAUGCUUGUGAUGGUGGUUGCUUAGAUCCUCCUGUCAAAUUGGGAUCGGAUCCAGUGCAGCUACCUGUGAAAUUAACUAGUCCAAUUACUGCCAUAUUAUAUAUAACUGCUGAUAAGCAGCAUAUGGAAGAACUAAAACACGCCAUUCACGUCACCGGAGUUGUAGAAGCUCCUGCACAUGAGCAUCACAUAAUUGCUCUCCAUAAACAUGGUCACCAGUUGGGAGGUUUACCUGCAUUUUUCUGGGUGUCCAUUGCAUUCCUCAUAGCAGUUUUCCACCUGUUUUUAGCCAAGCUGAUUUACAAUGAAUACUGUGGAAAUCAGGAAAAAGCAAGGGGACGAUAUGUCGUAUGAUUGUAAUUUGUUGUAUAAAAUAUUUUGUGAUUGCGUCAUUCACUUAGAUGUUUUGUAUAUGUUGUCAAUGUAAAUAGGUGGUGUAAAAAAAUGACUAGUUGCAUUAUAUGCAAUUGAAAUAUAAAACUGACAAUCAUUUUGGUGAAAGUGUGUGUGGAAACAUGUGACAUGUAAAUGACUAUUUUUCUUCUUGUUUUGUCGCGAGUUUAUUCUAGGAAAUGAGUAGGUUUUUUGAAAAGUAAUACAAUUAACUAAAUCCGUCUUUUACUGUUGUGAUUAUAUUUUUUGUUUGUUUGCAAGUUGUGAUUUCCAUUUGUUGAAGUUUAUUUUGAGUAUCAAAUAUGUGUGUAUUUAUUUGAAGGUUAUAUACUCAGUGUAUAUUUUUCUUGAUAUUUUGAUAAAUAUCAGUUAUUUAUGAAAUUAAUAAAGUCAAAAAUAUUUGUUUAUA